GAGUAAAGUGCACGCCAGCAACAGCAAAUUACAAAUGGCGGCCGCGUGACGGAUGAGGUCGAUGGGAGGAUGCACUUGCAAUGUUUUAAUUUGUGUAAAAUUGCAAUGUUUAUGCACACUACACUAGCCAGGAUCAUGGUAUAUAAGUAAGAAGCAAGUGGCAGUAUUCAAAUAAUAUUUCUAGUCUAAAAAGUUUCUACGAAAAAAAGAGUGAAAAAAGUAUUAAAAUUGUACUUAAUUAUAUUUAUAUAUUAUACAAAAAUCUGUGAUAGACAAUUUUGGACCGUGCAAUUUUUACAAGUGUUUGCCAAAGAUAAUGGUGUUCGUUUUUAGUUUAUGAUUAUCUGUGGAGUUUCGUAAAUGGAACAGAAGAUGGCGCUGCCACCGCAACAGUUCUGCGUCAGGUGGAACUCCUACCACACCAACUUACAGGCGGUUUUCCCCCGACUGCUCCUCACCGAGCAAUUCGCGGACGUCACCCUCGCGUGCGAGUCCCGACAGCUGCGAUGCCACAAGCUAGUGCUCUCCGCCUGCUCCGCCUACCUGGAGCGACUGCUGCUCAACAACCCCUGCAAGCACCCCAUCGUGCUGAUGAGGGAUAUGAGGUGAGUCCUCGGUGUAAGUCAAACGAAUCCUCACCCAGCAAUUCGCGGACGUCACCCUCGCGUGCGAGUCCCUACAGCUGCGAUGCCGCCCGCUAGUACUCCCCGCCUACUUGGAGAGGCUCCUGGUCAACAGCCCUUGCAAGCACCCCAUCGUGCUGAUGAGGGAUAUGAGGUGAGUCCUCGGUGUAAGUCAAACGAAUCCUCACCCAGCAAUUCGCGGACGUCACCCUCGCGUGCGAGUCCCGACAGCUGCGAUGCCACAAGCUAGUGCUCUCCGCCUGCUCCGCCUACCUGGAGCGACUGCUGCUCAACAACCCCUGCAAGCACCCCAUCGUGCUGAUGAGGGAUAUGAGGUGAGUCCUCGGUGUAAGUCAAACGAAUCCUCACCCAGCAAUUCGCGGACGUCACCCUCGCGUGCGAGUCCCUACAGCUGCGAUGCCGCCCGCUAGUACUCCCCGCCUACUUGGAGAGGCUCCUGGUCAACAGCCCUUGCAAGCACCCCAUCGUGCUGAUGAGGGAUAUGAGGUUCAGUGAAAUGCAAGCCUUGGUGGACUUCAUGUACAAGGGAGAAGUAAAUGUCACCCAAGAAGAGCUGCCGAGUCUUCUGAAGAGUGCAGAGGCGCUGCAGAUCCGGGGCUUAUGUUCGAGCGAUAGCAGUGGGUUAGCGUCCGAGCUGAACAAGCCAGAGCGAGACAGCAAAGACUACACCGUCGCCACCGAGGCUCUGGUUGCGCACGCGCAACGUGAAGCCACCACCAAUGGUCCGCCCGCCCCCCCUCAGCCAGCCGCCCCCACCAACGGGCCGCUCCACACCAAGAAACGCAAGCAAGAUGAAGCGGAAGUCAAAGAGGAAACAGUCGAAGAGGACGGGCUUUACUACGGCGAGUUGGAUCAUGAGAACAUGGAAUAUAAUGAGGACGAGGAAUCAGGCAAACCCGGCAGCAGUCUAGGACAACCUUCAGGUGUACGGACAUCCACGGAAAUUGUGACGCGGCACUUCAUUGACAUGGACCACGGGAUACCUCUCAAUAUUCACGCCAGGCCCCGAAUAGUCGGACGGAGACCUAAUGCUAUAGUCAACAUAGAAACGGACGUUUUCCAAGAAAAAAGCUAUAAACAGUAUUCAUCCCAGCACCUUCGAGACGCGCUGAUAGCUGUGAAGAAAGGAUAUAGUGUAUACGCUGCUUCUAACAAAUACGGGGUACCGAGGAAGACUUUAAGGAAUUGGAUGGAAAAGUAUGACAUAAAAAGUCAGUUUUCCAAAGGUAGACGCGGCGCCAGGUCCACACAGAUAUUAGAUCCGCUUGAUUUGAUGACGGAGACUCGCUCAGAAAGGUUUGACGAAGCAUUGUAAACUACAUUUUAUUUUGAUUAUUUAAACACUAUUUAUUUCACAGGUCUUUAUCCAAAAAAUGUACCAAAUAUUCAUACUGAAUUUAAUCAUAUAUUUAAAAGUAAUACCAAAGUCUCACAAUCCGAAUACUGGUAUGGUAAAUUGGUUAUGGUUUAACAAUGGUCACAAUAUAUAAAAAGACAUUUUAAAUUCAACUCACGUUUAGGUGGGCAAAGUUGCUAUUCGAAUUAUGACCGUUAAAAACAAGAUUUUCCUAAGACUAAAUUUAAUUUAUGUUUGAAUAGAACAAAGUUUAGUCUAAGUAUUAAGUCACGAGUUGCAAGAUUAAGGUUAUUUUAAAUGUAUUGCAGCGAACUUUGUUAAGGAAUAUAUAUCGAUGUAAGUACUUAAAUAAUUUUGCCAAAAAUAGAUAUAUUAUUUUAAAGUACUUAAUCUAAGUCGUACUUAUUUUAAAUGGAUAUAAAAAUUGGUAGACAUAAGUUUAUGAUGAAUGAAUACUGCUCUGUACUAUCGGUGAAGUGAGAUGAGAAAUGGGAUAGAAUCACGUAAGUUCUAUACUUUUAUCAGUCUAUCUUAGUCUUUAUUUUAUCUAUCUUUAACCCGACUGUUAUUUAAACACUAGUUUGCAUCGGAUAAAAUUAAUAUCCGGUCGAGUUAUUCUAAACAGGAAACCAGUUAUAGAAAAAAAAUAAUUUUAUCGACAUGCCUACUUAAUUUCGAAUAUUUCCAUUACGGACUACGAUAAUAAGAAAGGAAGGAAUUUAUGUAUAAAUUGUCUAAUGUGACUAUUAAUAUAAACAUAAUGAGUCAUCAAGCAGCUCUUAACAUAAAACAUGUUUUAUUUACUUCAAGGUAUUAUACCAGGCAAAGACUUCUACUAUAAUAUGUAUUUACAGGGACAAACUAUAUAACAUAAGAGCCAAAGUUAAUUAUUAUAAUGUAACCUAAGAUUCUAUAUGAAUAGAUAUAUUGAUAUAAUUCUAAGUCGAUGUAAGGUAAUUAUUAUUUCUGAAAAUAGCCAUCUAUUUUGUUUAUAGGCAUCUACUGAAUUCGAGGAGAUCUUAAUAUUUUCCAACUUUACCUUCAUGAAGUUUUUUAAUCUUACUUUUUAACGAAGUAAAUAGUAAUAAAAAAUGUUUCAUUCAAAGUAGUAUUGGUUCAUUUGUAUUAUUAGAUUAUUACCGUAUAAAUUGAAUUACUUAUAUUUAUAACAGUUUUGAAUGAUUUACGGUUAGCUCAUAUCCCGGUCUAUUUAAGUCUAAUUUUAUUUGUACAAUUUUGUAAUUAAAACUAUGUGUGUUGGCAAAAAAAAUAUUUAUGUAAAUAUCCUUAUGGCAAAGUUAAACAAAAACGGGCAAAGUUGGAGUAACUUACACUUCUAAAGUAAGAUUUCAAUACAGUACCAGUAGAUGGCGUUAAAAUCAAAGUUAAUCUUGUGCUAAGAAAUGGAUGUAUUUAUGUCUUUCUUGAAGCGCCAAAUCUUAUAUCCGUUUCACUCGAAUACGCAAGAGUGAUAGAGAGGCAUAUAACGAAGUUUUGACUAUCGUGUUUCGCGGUAGGUCCUCAGUAUAGGCUAGUGGCGCCCCCUACGCAGAGUUUUGCGUAAUAUCCCCUAAUAUUGGUACUGUCAUAGAGAAAUAAGAAGUACAUAGAGUGCUCACUCCAUACAUCAGUUUUGGUACCAAAACGCUUAUUAUUUUCGUAGUCGACAUCUAGCAUCGAGUAGCGGAACUCUCAGUACUGCUACUCUACAAUAGAUAUCGCGGCAAUCAAAAAGUCUAAUGCUCAGCGAUUUUCUGCCACGCUUACUCUGGUUAUAAUAUUAGCGGAAAAUCGUUGAGCAUUAGACUUUUUGUUUGCCGCGACAUCUAUUGUCGUGUAGCAGUACUGAGAGUACCGCUACUCGAAGCUAGAUGUCGACUGCGAAAAUAAUAGUAUUUUUGGUAACAAAACCGUUGUAUGGAGUGAGCAUUCUAAUCUUGGUCUUCUUAAUUCUCUUUGGUACUGUAACAGCUGUUAAAUAAAUAUAUCAAUAUUGGCGUUUCGUUGAAACAGAAAAUGUAUUAGUCACAUCGUGUACUUAAAAUAUUGGUCUAGUCUAAUCUAGGAUUAUUUAUAUUAGGACUGAACUUAUUUUCGCCAUAUUUUUAGUGGAGAACAGCUAUUUUAAUCUUAGUGGUUAUUAAUUUGUGGUUAGUUGAAUCAGUAAGUACUUACUUAAAAUUAGUUGUGAAUUUUUCAAUUAUUCCUAUAUAAUCAAUUUCAUAUUUAUUUUAAUUUCACUGCUGAGUGUAAACGUUAUUUGCGAUACAAGUGCUGAAAGUAGGAAUUUCGCAACGAGUCGUGAUAAAUUAAAAUCGACACGAGUUGGGAAUUACCUAUUCCCACGUGUAUCGUACGUUUUACAGUACAUAUGGCUCUUUAAAGUUUCGACAUAUGCACGGAAAGUGCUCAUUCCCGCACGUGUGCGGGAAAGUAGCACCAUAUGUACUGUCAAAAUAAUCAACUAAGUCAUAUUCUGGGUUCACUCCCGGACUGGUAACAUUUGUAAAAUUGAAAUUGUAUGUGGGUGUUCUGUGUUCAAAAAGGUUGAAUUAAUGACAUUCGAAUAAUAUACUUCAUUUUUGAAAACAUCGACACGAUCGAAGUGCCAAAAAUAUGUAUACACGACUGCUAUGGCCCAUAUAUUAGGGUAGUUGCAUACAUAUUUUUGGCACUUUGUCCGUAUCGAUAUUUUCAGACCUGACCGUACUUAUUCAUUUAAACUACAAAUAUAUAUAUAUAUAUAUAUCAAAUAGUAAGAUUUAUAGUAUGUAACUGAACGUUAAACAAUUACGCAAACCCGUUAACGUUUAGGUCAUUCUGAGCAACUUUACUAUGGGACCAACCACGGAAUUGCGGAAAGAAAUUGGCUGUUUCAUACAUUUUGCUGGUCUGAUGUUGAAAUAUCCUAUGGGACAGUUCAUUUUUUUCGCAAUUUCGUGGUUGGUCCCAUAGUAAAAGAUGCUCAGUAUGACCUAAAUGUUAACGGGUUUGCAUAAGUAAUUGUUUUACGUUCAGUACCCCUAGUAAUUUAUUCGACAGCGAAACGUGACGUACGCGUUUGCGUUAAGUCUCAUUUAGUAUGGGAUUUUUGGGAGAGUAAUUUUUUUUCGCAAUUCCGUGGUUGGUCCCAUAGUAAAUGUUGCUCAGAAUGACCUAAACGUUAACGGGUUUGAGUAAUUGCUUUUCGUUCAGUUACGUUCUGUAUUUAAGUAACUUACUUUCUUUAUACCCACUACAGAUAACUAAAAAUCGUUUAUUUAAAAUUUAAUGCGUACUUUCAUUCCUAUGCUUUUUAUUUGUUCUUUCUUUGAACUCCUUAGUAUUUGAUAUCACUCUGACUGACCUAACAACAUUUACUUACCCAUAGAUUCAUUGGUUUUAAUAGAUGUGUAAAGUCGAUGACCAAUUGUGACAGUCCAUUUCAAAAGGGACCUUAUGGCGGUUGGCGCUUACGUCACGUAGUACCGCAUUAGUAUUGGCGCGUCGCUAAUAACGGCGUAAUCCCGCCAUAAGGUCCCUUUUGAUAUGGACUGUCACAAUUCUUGCUUCGAAAUUGACAACUAAAUGUAUACAGCGCUGUGUAGCUCCGUGCAUUAUGCGAUAACUUUUGGGAAUAGGGACCGUGCGCGUUGGAGGGUCUGCCAUCUUGUGGCCUGAAUCGGAACCAUAAACGUGUACAUUUACACGUCACGUGUUUUCUUGUGCAUAGUAGGUUCUGCCAUCUUGUGGGCUACAUCGGAACAAUAAACAUCACAUUUACGCCUCGCGCCAAAAAUCUGACGGCUCCUGUGCUGCCUCCUACAGUUCAUGCACGCUCCCUAUAACAUUUUGGAAAAUCAAUGACUACAACACGAGACAGCGCCAUUUUGUUCAGUUGUUAAACACGGGUGACGAUUUUUUCUUAGACUACACGUCUAAUACAAUUUUUUUUUGUAUUUACCAAAUGUUAAGUUCCUAUAAAGCCAAAUAGAACAUCCAAAGGAUUAUCCAACAUAAUAUUAUUUGUUGAUUAGUUUUUAGUUUUUUAUUUGUUGUCAACUUAUAGUUUCAUUUUAUUGUAUUUUAAGGUAUUUUUAUUUACUACAUUAGUUUAUUUUAUUAAAAUAAGGAUAUGUCUAUCUAUAAAAAAAAGUAUAUGUAUGAUCAAUAAAAUACAGUGAAUUUAUACAGUUAAAUUGUGUUUAAGCAGAAAAAAAUGUGGUAUUUCUAAAAUUAUUUUACUUUCCGAGCAGCUAUAAUUAUAGCUAAAACUGAUUUUCAGCUUCAUUUCUGACUUACCUAAAACCAUUUUAUCAGUUUUAUAUUUUUACAUGUUUACAAAGCAGAAAAAGGUCCCUUGCGUAUUAAAAAUACAUCAACGUUAUUAAUAAUUCUUUUGAAACAACGCAAAAGUACGUUGUAAAUGUAAAAGGUACUUUUUUUCCCUAGGAGAGACCGUCGGCUAUCGACCGAUUACGUCAUUUAGAUUUGAUAUUUCAUCAAAAAAAUAAAAUCAAAAUUCCAGAAAUGACAUAUGCCACUUGAAGAGUUAACUUUCACCGCCACCGGCCAUAAUCGGCAACGAUUACAGUAUAAAUUGGACCUAAUUCCAUUUUAAUAAAGUUUGCUAUUGCGUGUUACAUAAAUAGUCUUGGCGGUCAAAAUGUUAAUAGCUAACUCGAAUUAUUGAGUAAAUUCAAACAGAAUUAAGAAGACCAAGAGUGCUCACUCCAUAUAUAUAACGGUUUUGUUAACAAAAAUACUAUUAUUUUCGUAAUCUACAUCUAGCGUCAAGUAGCGGAACUCUCAGUACUGCUACUCUACAAUAGAUGUCGCGGCAAACAAAAAGUUUAAUGCUCAACGAUUUUCCGCUAAUAUUAUAACCAGAGUAACCGGAACUCUAUUUUCUCCGGAACACCUACGCUUACUCUGGUUAUAAUAUUCGCUGAAAAUCGUUGAGCAUUAGACUUUUGUUUGCCGCGAUAUCUAUUGUCGAGUAGCAGUACUGAGAGUUCCGCUACUCGAUGCUAGAUGUCGACUGCGAAAAUAAUAAGCGUUUUGGUACCAAAACUGAUGCAUGGAGUGAGCACUCUUUUACUUCUUAUUUCUCUAUGUAUUAAAAAGAAAUAAAAUCUGUGGUAUCUUGCUACUUACGAAAACAGAUGUCGCUGGCAUAUUUCGUUUUUUUCCUCCUAAAAUGUAGUUCUUGCCGCACGUAAUAUCUAGAGUCAGACCAUGCUAAGUUGGCAGCAAUUUAUUUAGCCCAGACGUUGCACGUGUUAUUUAAACGUCAAACUUCUAUGAAAUUGUGACGUUCACUUAACACAUGCACCGUCUGGGCUAUCCAUAUCGUUGCCAACUUAUCUUGGUCUGACUACAAAUAUUGGUCUAAUUAUGCUUCUUUAAAAUUAAAAGUCUAUUUCAAAAAACUUUUUUUUUUACCAAAAUACUAGCGAUAUGUCCAGUGUAAUAAUAAUUCAACAUUUAAAACUAUACAUAUCGCGUCAAAUGGUAUAACAUGACAGUUCUAUCAAGUCUCUCUUAGAUAGGCUUAGUUUAAAAAUAUACACCGUGUUUUUUUUUGAUUUGCGUUAAUUUCAAGGGUGCAUUCCUGAGCUUAAAUUAAGUAACUUUCUCAAAGACACCGGUAUUCUAAUUAACUCCAUUUCGGAGAUAAUCAAUAUUUUAUUUUUAUCUUAUAAAGCCCUUACGAGUGUGUACACUUACCUUAGGGUCCGUUCACAUAUUGAUUAGUGUUUAGUACGGGUUAAUACAUUUGCUACUAAACGUAAGUACUAUCUCGGACGAUCGAUGUUCGAAAUGACAUUGACAUGUCACAAUUUUCAAUUGUUUGAUUGAGAUAAAUGUAAUGCCCGUGCAACAACAACGCUAUAUGCAUUAUUUAAUUACUUUUUAUAACAAAAAAUAUUUUAAAAAAAUAUUAAAAAUAUUUUUUUUUUGGAAAAUAACUAUGUCAUGUAGUUUCCUUAAACGUACUUAACAAUACCCCGAAGUUAACGGAAUUCAAUAAAAACACGGUGUAUAUUAAAGAAAUAUACUUUUACCGUAUGUAUUUAAAUGUUACAUUUCUAAAUAAUUAUGUGUUACACUUACGAAAAAUUUACAAAAACUUUUUAUGUGACAGUUAGGUACUCCAGAUAAAAAUGAACUGUCAGCUGGACCAUUGUUCGACGCGAAAUGUAUAGGAGAGCUCACUAGAUGGCGUUGCGCUAAGAUUUGCCAAGGUGGCGCCAUCUAGUUGUAAUUAAGUUUUUAUUAUUUAAGUACUCGUCUCUUUGAACCUUGUGUAUAAAAAUGAAAUGUUUGACUAAAACGUAUUUGUAUGGACUUAAUUAUUUAUAAACGUAUUUAUUGAUAGGAAAUAUCGAAUUAUCGCCAUUUUAGGGUAAGGGGUGGUUGUAAUCGGGGUAAUAAAAUGUUUUUGUCGUCUA